AUGCAUGGUGAAUACGAGCUUCCAAGUAAUGGAAAACAAGUUUCAUUCUUCCAAAAUUCAAAACACUUUUUAUCCGUCAGAAACAUAUUGGAAAACUCGAUCAAUUGCGAUCUACACAACAAAAAUGCAUUAUGGGAAUGUGUUUUCCGAAUGGAAUCUGAAACAAAAAUCAAACGACUCUGUGUGUUUUGCGGUGCUUUCAAUAACGAGGUCCAGAAGAAUUGGACUGAAUCAAUGAGAAUGGCUGUUCAUAUUAUGAGAGUGAGUUUUUUUUGGGGGAAUUGGGGGUUGAAAAUUUGAAUGGAUGAACCUUUUUUAAUGUUACAAAAGCAUCACACUUUUAAGAAGUUAGAAAUUUUUUGUUUUCAGAAAUUCCGAGUGGAAAAAAUUGAAUCGACAACUUUCGAAAACGACAUUGAAGAUGUUCAUUGGGAAGAGUGAGUUUUAAGAUUUUCUAACAUUACGCUGAGAAAAACUAGAGUUAAAAAAUGAAAAAAAAAGAUUUGUUAACAAAAAAAAAAAAAAAAUGAUCGAUGAUAAACAUGAUAUCAAAAGAUCAUCACCACCCUACGUACUUUUUCCAGCAAAGCUUGCCUUCGCCGUGCAUUUGGCUUCAAAGCAGAAUAA